UCUAUCGACGCCGCCCCAGGCAAACACCUCACUCAGGCAUUGUCGCCGUGCUGGCCAUGGCACUGGCAACACUUGCCGGCGGGUGGCUGGUCAAGCGCUUUCGGCUGGAACCUCGAGGAGUGAUGGUGUUGGUGCUCAGCUGCGCUAUCGUGUGGUCGCUAGGCAACCUCAUACUCAUGGGCAUCGGCUGCCCCAACGUGCGCUGGGCAGGAACCAUCGAAAACAACAUGCUGGACGUGAGGACGAACUGCACGGCUGAAUGCAGCUGCACGUCUGCUCGCUUCAGCCCCGUCUGCGGAGACAUGACGACCUUCUUCUCUCCCUGUCACGCCGGAUGCACGGAGCAGUCAGCCGACAGCAAGACCUAUAACUCGUGCGCGUGCGUGGAGUCGGGCUGGGCGCAGCGGGACACGUGUGAGUCGCACUGCGAUAGUCACGUCUCCUUCAUCGUCAUCCUGUUCUUCCUCGUCUUCUACGUCAACCUGAGGAACACGGGUCACAUGAUGAUCACAAUCAGGUGUGUCGAUAAGGAUCAUAAAGACAUAGCCCUGGGAGUGGCACAAGUCUGCACAGGUUUGAUAGGCGUCAUACCGGGCCCCGUGCUCUACGCGACGGCGAUCGACACCGCGUGCGAGCUGUUCGCCGACAACUGCGGCCAGCAGGGGCACUGCCUCGUCUACGACAACGAGCGCUUCCGCUUCCUCUACCACGGCAUCUCGGCGGCGAUCGGCGUCGUGCCCAUCGCCGCUUACGCCGUCGUGCUCGUGAAAUGCCGCGACAUGCGCUUCGACGAGAACCACGCGAACAGCCUCGCGGCGGCGGCGGCCGCAGCGGAUGCGGACGCGCGCCGCGAGACGGUGAUGUCGCAGUACGAGUCGUCUGUAUGACACAGCGCCACCUCGUGUAGACGUUCGUAAUUAUUUAACCGCGGCGGGCGGGGGACAGAGCUGGGAGAGUCGCGCGUGCAGGGGAGGGGGGGGGGGGGGGGUUCAUUUGCAAGUGAGAGUAGCAGUAUGAGAUGUGGUGUGUGAAUAAGGUAGGCAGGUGUGGCAUGUAUGAUAUAUGGUAUAUACUUAUGGUGUGACCAUUCGUGUCUACGUAUGGUGUGACCAUUCGUGUCUAGGUAUGGUGUGACCAUUCGUGUCUACGUAUGGUGUGACCAUUCGUGUCUAGGUAUGGUGUGACCAUUCGUGUCUACGUAUGGUGUGAUCAUUCAUGUCUUCGUAAUCGAAAUACACAUGUAUUUGCCUUCUGAGAUGAAAGGCAUAAUCAACAUAAGGCUAUACCGAAUCUUUCAAUCAAUGAAAAAGCUUGGCAGUAGAUUAUAAAUACCUAACCUCAUGGCCUUGUUUGUUAAUUGACACCACGGCAUAGUUUGACUUUCUGUUCGAAUCCUGGCACAUCUCAUUUUAGGUCUGCUCUUGCGUGUGUCUGUCUCCCAGCGCUGUUCGCCACUUGUCCACUAGGUGGAGUUGUGAUCUGAUAUAUAUGUUGUGUUUAAAUCUGUACAGUCAUGAUAUGGAGCAUUACCCACGGGCACCCUACUAGUGUGAUGUAUUCCAACAUACUUGAAGGGCUAUUUUUGCAUAAUAAAGAACAUUUUCUAGCCUUGUGAUAUUUUUAGCGCAAGGAAUAUAUCACAUCUGUAGGCUUUUAAAAAUUUGAUUAUUGUCCGCGUUCUUAGCGCUGACAGAUAUCUAAACAUUAGUCUGUAAAAUAUUUUACAUUGUAAAUACUGUAUGUUAACGAGAGAGCUUGCAGUAUUAUAUAUUUUUAGCAACGAAUAUAUUUCUUUUUACUAUCAUGGUGAUUGGUUCUACCCCUAAAUCAUGUUCAAUGUAAGAGAUUGUCUAUACGUACCUCAGAAGCUUGACGAAAGUGUUUUUAUUGCGUGGUUUUAUGUUGAAUACGAAUCUCAUGUCAGACGUCACGUCUGCCGGGUAUCAUAAAAGUUGUGGCUGUGAAUUUGUAGUAGUUGUCAAAACCGACGUUAGUGUAUUGCAAUAGUGCCUGGCAACAUUUGCCGUUGCUUUUCUCCCCGCUACACUGCUCUAUUGCUUACAGUAAGUAACCAUGACAGGUGAACACAUGGGUACUAUUCGAUAUUUCAUGGCGCUGCGGGACAUACAUUGCGCGUGUCCACUGUUAAAGUCAGUGGCGCGUCAUCACAUCGUGAGUAGCAUACACCGUGACGUCACGUUUACAUACUCUUCGCAGCAUCUUGCAUGUAAAUUAUAACGUGCACUCGAUUUUUUUAGAACCAUGUGUGCGAUCGAUAUACAGUUUAUAUUGUUGUGCACAUGUGCAUAGCUGCUGAAAUAUGUGAAUAUUCUCCGUCCCUCCCAACUUUUAGUGUUUUUCGGUUUGUGUCUCGAAGUUGUAAAUUGUGCGUGUGUGCUCAUCUGUCACUGAUGGCUACAUUUCAACUAUGUAAAUUAAUUUUUAGUAGUAGCUGUGUGUAUAUCUUAGAGGCGGCGGGCGCCUGCCACCGUUGGUUACUGCGUAGAAAACGUGUUUUGUAAAUAAUGGUCGUGAUAGUCGUACGCUGUAUAUAAUAGAGCUUUAACUUAUAAACAUUUUCUAAAAAAAAAACACUUGCCUGACCACGAGUCGCAGUGACGCAAGUCAAGAAGCAACUAAACAUGACCGCAUCGCAGCAUAUAGUAUUGCUGUGGAUCCCCCCUACGUCGUCGGUAUUUCGUCUCACGUUAGUUACAGGGAUUAAAACGAAUCUCAACCGAUUGUUCCUCAUUCGAGGGAGUUCCCUAACAUUGUUAGUUAUGUGCGUAGCAGUGUAGCACAACAUCAGGCGUGUAUAAUAUAGACGAUAUAUAUAUAUAUAUAUAUAUAUAUAUUUAUUUUCUAUAGCUUCUAGUAUCAGUUGUUCUAAGUGCAUUAGGAUGCUCUUGGAAGAGGUUCUGAGCCAAUCAUCACAAGCCAAGCAUCACAAGGCAGCAAGGCAAGCAUCACAAGGCAAUUUUCACUCGCCUGAAUUUGCAUCGCUGCAAUAUAUAUAUAUAUAUAUAUAUAUAUAUAUAUAUAUAUAUAUAUAUAUAUAGCAAUAGUCUAUAUUAUACACUCCUGACAAUACGAUGCUUCUAAUCAUGAUAAUGCCGGUGUUCGCCGUUCUCCUGAUAUAAUUAUCUGUGUGACCCCAGGUACCCUGGUGAGAAUAAUUCUACGACAACUACUGAUGAUCUGUAUGCGAGUGCAUUGAUUAAUAUAAGUGGCAUAGCGAAUUGGGUUCGCUGUGAGAGACGCGUCAUAACUGCUUCUUAUUACAGUAGAAAUACCGUCUAAGAUAUUGAUAAUAAUACUCGAUUCUGUAAACGGAUCUACGAUGUAAUUUCUCGGUCGAUGAUGAUCACACAUGAACGAACUUGCUUUCCUAAUCUUGCUUUAAGCGUAAAAAACCCAAUUCGAACUUCGGCAAGAAAUGUUAGGCUACGGUUUGUUGGUACUUGUAGUGUUCUAUGCUUAACCUGCGUGGCAUGACAGACACUCCUGACGACAUUUCUCUAGUGUAGCAAUAUGUUUGACAACAGGACAUUAUCGUUCAGUGAUGGUGUGACAGUGUAUAAUAAAUCGUAGCAACUACUAACCCCACCUGGAGGUCCGUUGAUAAUAAGCAAGACGUCUCGCUGAAAUUGUGUAGUAGUGACGUGAUGAAAAUACUUUCUGUUCGUGACUCUGGUUUAGGUUGGAAAUGUGUGAGUGAGCGUAUAGAUAUAGCACUCGAUGAAAUUUAAAUUUGUAAGAUAAAAUUUUUAAUAAAUUUUAAAAUAUGAUCA